AUGGAUAGUAUGGAAUUCAAGAAUACUCUUUCACAUUCUUCAUAACCUAGAAAUAUGAGUUAACAAUCAAGAAGGGCAUUUACUAGAGAUAGAGAAGGGAUUGAUUUCAGAAGGUAGAUAUUUGAAAGAGCAAAUGAGAUCAAAGAAAGAUAAAUGAGAUAAUACAGAGAGUAAUUGCAAAUGAAAUACAGUGGAAUAGUUAAUCAUGAAGUCAUUGAGAAAAUACCAGCAAGUAUUGCCAACUCAUUAAUCAAAGAAAAUUUCAUAAAAAUGAGGAAGAAUUUAGUAUAGAGAACCAUUUAGGCAGAACUCAUGAAAAAGAAAUUCUAAGAAUUCAAUCUUCCAAAGAGGCCAGUCGAGAUAAAAACUCAACAAAUAAGAGUUAAUUAUGGGGUCAUUAACACUUAAAAAUAUUAAUACAAAGUAGUAUCUAGAUUGAUAAACAAAUUUAAAAUCGGUUGA